CUUAAUAAAUUGUUAUACAAGUGCAAUUAAUCUAGUUUAAAAUAAUAAAAAUUGAAAUACGCGAUAUUGAGAUCUAUAAUAAAAUUUAUAUCAAUAAAUAGUAAUUACCUUUAUAAAUAUUUUUUAUGUGUUGUACAUUCAAUAAUUACUUGUUCAAUCGUUACUUGAAUAUUUCUAAGAAACAUUGCUAUGUUGCCAAAAAACCGUGCUGUUUUAUCUAGAUUUAAAAAUAGGAGUAAAUACUAUUAUAAAUAUCUUUCAUCUCAAUCAAGUGUAGGUGAAAUUGAUGUUCCCUUUUCAAAUGGAAUAUCUCUUAAGCUAUCCACUGGAAAAUAUGCUCGGUUUGCUGACGGAGCAUGUGUGGCCACACUCGGGAACACUAGUGUACUCUCUACAGUUGUAUCUAAAGCUAAACAAAGUUCUAGUUCUUUCCUUCCACUGGUUGUAGAUUAUAGACAAAAGGCAGCAGCCGCUGGCAGAAUACCGACAAACUUUCUAAGAAAAGAACUAGGACCAACAGAGCGUGAGAUUUUAACAUCAAGAUUGAUAGAUAGAUCACUGCGACCAUUGUUCCCACAAAAUUAUUUCUUUGAUACUCAAAUAGUGUGCAAUAUGCUAGCUGUCGAUGGAACCAAUUCGCCUGAAACUGUUGCUAUUAAUGCAGCCAGUGCUGCACUAGCCCUUUCAGAUGUUCCAUGGAACGGUCCUGUCGGGGCUGUUAGACUCGGUCAGAUAGACAAUGAACUAAUCAUAAACCCUACUAGAAGGGACCUAGAGCAGUCUUCAUUAAACCUAGUCGUUGCAGCAACAACUGGCAAUUUAGUGGUGAUGUUGGAAGGUCAUGCUAAUAUCAUCCUGCAACAAGAUCUGCUCAAGGCCAUCAAACUAGGUACCAAAGAAGCGCAAACCAUAGUUAGGAGUAUAGAGAAAUUACAGAAAACUUAUGGUAAAAUGAAAAGGGAAUAUGAAGUUCAACCGCCGAUAGAUCAGAGUAUUGUAGAUUCUGUCAAGACUUUGUCUUCUAUGAAGAUUAGAGAAAUAUUAAGUGACUUCAGUCAUGAUAAGACGUCACGUGACAAUGCGAUAUCCGAGCUCCGGCAGACGGUCCUCAACCAGCUAAGGGAUACGGAAGCGGACGUGACCUUGCUCCAGGACUGUUUCAACUCAAACCUAAAGCAGAUAUUCAGGGACAUGAUAUUUGAAACGGAUGUCAGGUGUGAUGGACGAGGAUUGGACGAACUGAGGAAGAUCACGUGUGAGGCGGGUCUCUACGAACCCCUCCACGGCAGCGCGGUGUUCCAGCGCGGACAGACUCAAGUGCUGUGUACGGUCGCAUUCGACUCACCAGAGAGCGCUCUUAAAAUGGAUACACUCACCAUGAUCACGAGUGGGGUUAAAGAGAAGAACUUCUUCCUCCACUACGAGUUCCCGUCGUACGCGACGGGCGAGGUGGGGCGCAUGGGGGGGCCGGGGCGGCGCGAGGCGGGGCACGGCGCGCUCGCCGAGCGGGGGCUGCUACCCGUCGUGCCCCAGCAGAACUGCACCGUCAGGCUCACCGCUGAGGUGCUGGAAAGCAAUGGCUCGAGCUCCAUGGCGUCGGUGUGCGCGGGCUCGCUGGCGCUGCUGGACGCGGGCGUGGCGCUGGCGGCGCCGGCGGCCGGCGUGGCCGUGGGGCUCGUGACGCGCGACAACGACUACCGGAUACUCACCGACCUCCUGGGUAUAGAAGACUAUAUGGGCGAUAUGGACUUCAAGGUAGCGGGUACCAAGAAAGGCGUAACAGCUUUACAAGCUGACGUCAAACUGCCGGGACUUCCCCUGAAAAUAGUCAUGGAAUCCGUCCAAAAGGCAUGCGACGCCAAGAGCAAGGUCAUUGAUAUUAUGAACCAAUGUAUAGAUAAGCCGAGGCAAGACCGUAAAGACAAUAUGCCAGUGAUCGAGGAAAUGGAGGUCGAAGUCCACAAGCGAGCCAAGCUACUCGGAGUCGGCGGCUCUAAUCUGAAGAAGCUGUAUUUGGAGACCGGGGUUCAGAUCAGCCCGAUCGACGAGACGCGCUACAGCGUGUUCGCGCCGUCGAGCGCCGCGCUGGACGAGGCGCGCGCCCGCCUGCAGCGCGCGCUCAGCGCCGACCGCGCGCCCGACCUCGAGUUCGGCGCCGUCUACAGCGCCAAGGUGGUGGAGGUGAGGGACAUCGGCGUACUGGUGACGUUGUACGCGGGAAUGUCCCCCGCGCUCGUGCAUAACACACAACUUGAUCACAGAAAGAUUAUGCAUCCUUCGGUCUUAGGACUAGACGUAGGGUCAGAGAUUCAAGUGAAAUACUUCGGCCGGGACCCAGUGUCAGGGCAGCUUCGUCUCUCACGGAAAGUCCUCUCGUCUCCCCCGCCGGGGAUCGUCAGGAAAUUGGACAAGAGCUAAAAAACUGGAGUAAUAAAAUAAGAGACUGAAAAUAAGUGCUAGUGUUUUGAAGUUAGACGUCUAGUGUCAAGCAUUUUUUAACGUCUGAUAGACGCUAGUGUGAUAAAAACCUAAACUCAAAAUAAAUCGUUGAAGCGUCUUUGAAAAUGGAACCUUAUAUCUGAAGAUUAAUUUGUAUAUUGCCAUAAAAAUAUAUCGUCUUCAGAAUAUGUGAUUGUAAAUGAAAUGUUAAUUAAAAAUACGCUAAUUUUGCGUAAAU